AUGGCUAACAUUUCGCUGCGUCAAGCAUCCGCUCAUAUCAGGAAUAGUCGUAUGGACAGACUCGCAAGUGGAGACAAGGCAGAUAGUUCCCUGGAGGAAGCUUUGCUGAGUAGCAGCGCUCCGCCCAUGUCUGCUGCCAGGAAAGAGUGGCUGGGAAUCAAGUCUAUGCUUUUUGAGCCUUUCAAUGCUCUUGUAGUAUUCGUUCCCAUCGGUAUAUGCGCCGGCAUCUUCCAAUGGUCUCCUCUCUGGAUAUUCACUACCAACUUCAUGGCUCUGCUACCGCUUGCGAACAUUCUCGGUGAUGCGACUGAGGAGCUGUCGGCUGGGCUGAAGAAUGAGACUUUGGGAGGUCUCUUGAAUGCGACAUUCGGGAACGCAGUAGAAAUGAUUGUCUCAAUUCAGAGUCUCAUGCUGAAUCUGAUAACCGUCGUCAAGGGCUCCUUACUUGGAUCUAUCCUGUCCAACUUGCUACUGGUGUUGGGGAUGUCCUUCUUCUUCGGCGGGCUCGGUCGACGUAAUAAGGAACAGGAGUUCCUUGAGACGGGUCCCAUGACCAACAUGAGCAUGCUCCUGCUAGCCUGUGCGGCUUUUGCAGUUCCAACGGUGAUACCACACCACCACCACUUCGGGAGCAACACCUCAGUUCAGUUGGACGACACUGUGUUGAGCAUCUCUCGAGUCGCCUCGAUAUUCCUCCUCCUCAGCUACAUAGGGUUCCUAUUCUUCCAACUGUACACUCAUCUUGAGGUCUUCGAGUCUGAGGACGACAACCAGGCGGAAGCGACUAUGUCUAUCUGGUCUUCCAUGCUCAUUUUAUUGGUCUCUACCGUUCUUGUGGCAGUAAACUCAGAGUUCUUGGUGGGGUCUAUUGAGGGAGUUGUGUCCGAAUGCAACGUUUCAGCGUCGUUCAUUGGCGUCAUCCUGCUGCCUAUCAUCGGCAAUGCUUGUGAGCACGUGACUUCUGUCAGAAUGGCCAUCAUGGACAAGCCUGUGAUUGCCAUCGGCAUUGCUGUGGGUUCCAGUACGCAGAUUGCUCUGUUUGUCAUUCCCUUCGCUGUGAUAGUCGGCUGGUGCAUGGGCGUCCAUAUGGACUUGGACUUUAAUGCGCUCAGUGUUGCUAUUCUGGUCCUGUCUGUUAUGAUUACUUUGUCUAUCCUGGUCGACGGUAAGAGCAAUUGGCUCGAGGGUUUGAUGCUCCAGCUCACCUAUCUCAUCAUAGCGGUAGCCUUCUGGUACGAUCCUUCGAGCGACUUUGGAGCGCCGGGAGCGCCACAGUAG